GGUAGGGAAGGGGAGGUGCCUGUCCAUUUAUAGUCUUGCUGUUGGGAUGUUGAAGGUGCUGAAAUAGCAGCGAGGACAAGGGACUUGGCUCAGUGUUAAAUAUCUGCCGAGCUGCCCGAAGCUUCUGAGAUGACAAUAGGGGGAAUGGAGAACGUGGAGGUCUUCACUUCUGAGGGCAAAGGCAGAGGUCUGAAGGCCACUAAGGAGUUCUGGGCUGCUGACGUCAUCUUUGCUGAGCGGGCUUAUUCCGCAGUGGUCUUUGACAGCCUUGUGAACGUUGUGUGCCACACUUGCUUCAAGAGGCAGGAGAAGCUCCACCGCUGCGGGCAGUGCAAGUUUGCCCAUUACUGUGACCGCACCUGCCAGAAGGAUGCUUGGCAGAACCACAAGAACGAGUGUUCGGCCAUCAAGAGAUACGGGAAGGUGCCCAAUGAGAACAUCAGGCUGGCGGCGCGCGUCAUGUGGCGGGUGGAGAGAGAGGGCGGCGGGCUCACGGAGGGCUGCCUGGUCCCCGUGGACGACCUGCAGAGCCACGUGGAACACUUCGAGGAGGAGGCGCUGAAAGAGCUGCGGGGGGACGUGGACACUUUCCUGCAGUACUGGCCGCCCCAGAGCCAGCAGUUCAGCAUGCAGUACAUCUCGCGGAUCUUCGGCGUGAUUAACUGCAAUGGUUUCACGCUCAGUGACCAGAGAGGCCUGCAGGCAGUGGGUGUGGGCAUCUUCCCCAACCUGGGCCUGGUGAACCAUGACUGUUGGCCCAACUGCACGGUCAUAUUUAACAACGGCAAUCAUGAGGCAGUGAAAUCCAUGUUUCACACCCAGAUGAGAAUUGAACUCCGGGCCCUGGGCAAGAUCUCAGAAGGAGAGGAGCUGACCGUGUCCUAUAUCGACUUCCUUAACGUCAGCGAAGAACGCAAGAAGCAGCUGAAGAAGCAGUACUACUUUGACUGCACGUGUGAGCACUGCCAGAAAGGGCUGAAGGACGACCUCUUCCUGGGUGUGAAAGACGACCCGAAGCCCUCUCAGGAGGUGGUGAAGGAGAUGAUACAGUUCUCCAAGGAUACGCUCGAAAACAUUGACAAGGCUCGCUCUGAGGGUUUGUACCACGAGGUUGUGAAGUUAUGCCGGGAGUGCCUACAGAAGCAGGAGCCAGUGUUUGCCGACACCAACAUCUACACGCUGCGGCUGUUGAGCACCGUUUCCGAGGUCCUCUCCUACCUGCAGGCCUUUGAGGAGGCCUCACACUACGCCAGGAGGAUGGUGGAUGGCUAUAUGAAGCUGUAUCACCCCAACAAUGCCCAGCUGGGCAUGGCCAUCAUGCGGGCAGGGCUGACCAACUGGCAUGCUGGCAACAUUGAGGUGGGGCACGGCAUGAUCUGCAAAGCCUACGCCAUUCUCCUGGUGACACACGGACCCUCCCACCCCAUCACCAAGGACUUAGAGGCCAUGCGGAUGCAGACGGAGAUGGAGCUGCGCAUGUUCCGACAGAACGAGUUCAUGUACCACAAGAUGCGUGAGGCCGCCCUGAACAACCAGCCCAUGCAGGUCAUGGCUGAACCCAGCAAUGAGCCGGCGCCGGCUUUGUUCCACAAGAAGCAAUGAGGACCUGCCUGGUGGGAGAGGGGCGCCGUGGCUGGGGAACUGGGGAGACAUUCUGGAGGUGGUGGGUUUCUGGGGAGACCCUUGAUGAGGAAAUCAGCGUAACGCUCAGCCUUGUUCCGCGGGAAUGUCCUACUCUUUCUUCCCAGUGUCAUUUCGGUUCAUUUCAACUCAGUUCAAUUCAAUUUAACCCUAUCCCAGACCAGUCCAACUCUUCCUACAAAUAUUUAUUGGGAUAAAUAUUUAUAGGGAUAAAGAAGCUCCAAAGGUAGCUGGAGAGGCAAAAUGUAAACAAUUAAAGCACAGCGUGAUGAUAAAUGCAAUGGUAAACUCUAUGGAGAGAGGGGUACAGUGGAGGGCAUGUGUCUGGUGUGUGUGUGUGUGUGUGUAGUGGUGAGGGUGUCAUGGAGGAGAUGACAUCUGAGCUAAGGGUGGCAGGUACCUGGAGUCUCAGGUGGCCGCUCACCUAUCUGUGCAGGUGUCUCUGGAAUAUUCGGGAUUUGCUGACUGGGAUGGGUGAUGUUCAGUUUCCUCAGGCGAGUGUGGAGUUAUGAAGAAGAGACUGUCUUUGGGCCUUUCAGGUCCCACUCAGAGAACUGAAACUUCUUCAGAAGGGCACGUAUGCAGAAGGAGGCUUUGCCCAAACCACUUGAGGCCUCAGUUUAAAGUCUGGGUUCCCAGCAUGAUUCUGAAACGACUUCUAGAACACAGAGGGGGAGUGUUUCCUUUCCACACUCUCCCUGCCAAGCCUUGUGAUUCCCGUGACGGGGGGCUACUUGGAUAAUAGCUGAGAUUUUUCUGGCCAUUGGCCUCCUAGGAUUGGAGAAGUCUCUUCAGGGUGAAGUUGAGGGAGAAACUUGGAAACCCACAUACCUGAUGAUCAUGGGUCCAGCGAAUUGGCCUUUGCGUCUUUUAUUUUGUCACGUGUGCCUGGGUGGCCUUUACCAGCUUAGAGUUCAUCACUGGCCCCCGGUAAAUCUCCAUUUUUUAGUAAGGAAUAAGUAUGACUUCUCUUGCUUGAUUUCUUUCAUUGUCCAUUCCCUGGGUCCUCUGCUUUCCUUACCAGAAGGAAUGUCUAGUCUGGACUCUGCACACCUAGGUGAGGACCUCUCUGGGAGUGUGACCAACUUGCCCUCAUCUCCUGGGAGGCUGCUCUGGUUUCCACCCAAGAGUGUGGGUCUUGGGAAUCAACCGAUCUAGUUGUCCCAUUGGCCUGUUAUCUUCUGGGAUCCCAAACUUCUCACGAAUGUUUUGGGGGAUCCUGGACAAAAGCCCCCCCAUUUGAGAGUGUCACCAAGUCUUCUCUACUCUCUGGGGCCACCCUUGACCCCAGAGCUCUAGCUAACAUCUUGAGGUCAGGUGAUCCCAUCAGGCUCCAUAUUUGUCAUCUGUACCUAAAGUGUCAGUUCCUCCAUCCCCACCCUUUCGUCCUCAGAAUGAUCCACUGCCUCCCUUGUAACCUGACCAACAGCUCUGCCAAUGCGCCAAAAACUUUGUCCAAAAACUCUGCAAAGGUGCCGCCUCUGUGCGGAAUACUGGUACCUGGCACCUGGCUCUUCAUUGAGGACACCUGCUGCUUCAGAACUUUCACAGGGAGACUGACAGUUCUUCUAAGCUCACGUAAGGAUGGCACCAGCCCUCUGCCAGGGACCUAACUUUGCCAGUUCAAAUGGUCUCUCUUCUAUCCUCAUAUGAAACCUUCCCCCAAACCUCUUCCCUUCUUUGUCACUGUCACCUGCCACACCGCUGGUCAUUCCCCCACAUUCAAGGUCUUCUUUUCCGUCCCCUCUUCCUCAGAUUCGGUGUCUUCGAAGUCCACUUUCACAGACCAUCGAAACCACUUGUUUUACAGGUUCUUCAUUUACUCAAUUCCAGGUGUCUUUCCACUUCCCCCAUUAAAACCCUCUCUUAGUUACACCCUGGACAGUGUCAUCCCCCAUAAUUCCUCCAUUUUUUGGCCGCCCUCUGUGGCAUGCGGGAUCCUAGCUCCCCGACCGGGGAUCGAACCUGUGCCCCCGCGCAGUGGAAGGGCGGAGUCUUAACCACCGGACCGCCAGGGAAUUCCCAAUUUCUUCAUUUUUGAUGUCUGACUCUCUGGUCAUUGCUUCCCAUCUGUUCCUUCUCUUUUUCCUCCACCCCUGAUUGCUAGAUGGCAUCGUAUUUUCUCCAGUGUGUCCCCCCUCCUCCUGUCUUCACAUCCUUCCAGAUAACCAGGGCGUCAGCCUCUUUUCCUAUUUGCCCAUCCCCCCUUCCUUCUCGGCAGAGUCCAGGCCUGGAUGAAUUCAGCUGUCUUGUUGUUCCUCUGUUGCACCUGGAGGUCUGAGCACAGCCAGGAAAAUGGUACCUCUCAGCUCAGGCGCACCACGGCCUCUUCUCCAACCUCAGCUGGCCUUGGGGUGCAGCCCAGGCGUGCUCCCUGUGCUUCUCCCUUUGCCCAGUGGUUAUUUCAGGUCCUCACUCCUGUCCUCGAGCGAGUCCUCUGCUUUCAGCAGAACCUCAUCUCCUGCUUCACCCAGAGGCCAGGAGAUGGGGUUCCUCAGUUUCCUCUUCCCGCGUUCACACAUGUUGUGUCUGUGCUCAUCCUUCCCGCUUCCGUCUCACACCAGUGGACUGAGAGCCCCUCUCCUCCAAAGCCAAACGCUCCACCUGCGCUUUGGACCCCAUCCCCUCCUAGGUCCUUGGGGCCUUGCUUCCCGUUUAUUCCUUCUCACCCUGGAUUCUUCACAUUUCUCUGUCUACUGGCUUCUUCAAAGCAGUUAAUAGAUGUGCUGGGGAAACUCUGAUCAUAAUCUUCAAGGCUGAGUUGUUUUUUUUGUUUUGUUUUUUUUGCGGUACGCGGGCGUCUCACUGUUGUGGCCUCUCCUGUGGAGGAGCACAGGCUCCGGACGCGCAGGCUCAGCGGCCAUGGCCCACGGGCCCAGCCGCUCCGCAGCAUGUGGGAUCUUCCCGGACCGGGGCACGAACCGCGUCCCCUGCAUCGGCAGGUGGACUCCCAACCACUGCGCCACCAGGGAAGCCCAAGGCUGAGUAUUUUUAAAAAAGGCUUUGUCUCCCACAGUUAUUAUCUGCCUUCCUUUACUUUCCAUUUCUUCCUGAACCCACUGCAGCCUGGCUUCCUGAGUCCAUGAAUGUGGCCCUUCCCACGGUUCACUCUUGGGGGGACUUUUCAGCCCUCGUGUGAUUUGGCUUCUCUGCCUCAGUUGGCAUCACAGCCCAUGAUUUCUGGGCACCACAUCCUUUGCGAUGAUCCUCUAAUGAGGUUUCUCCUCUGGCCCCGUUCCUCUCCUGCCCCUGGCAUUUCCUGGAGCUGGUUUUGUUCAUUCGGGUCACUCUCAGUUUGUCCUCAUCUCUCUCUGCACACCCUCCCCCAUGAGCUCGGCCAGGCCCUUCGUUUAAUCACUGCCGUGAGGCUGAUGUCCUUAAACCUGUAUCCCUUGACCUUGGUCCGCAUACCCUCAGCCCCGCAUACCCUCUUGAACAUUCUGCAGGCCCAUCAAACUUGGCGUGUCCAAAAGGAAGCUCUUUCUCUUUCCCUUCUCUCCACCCCGACACCUGUUCCUGCUCAGCGCUGCCCUCUUCCACCCCUGAGGAGAACAUCUGACUUCUAGUCACUUCCUGAGUAUCUACCGCAUCGGAGACAUUAGUCAGGUCCCUUCAGUCACGGGUCCCUGGGUGGCCCAUGUUCUUCUGUGCCUCUCUGAGUUUUGAAACAUUCUCUCUAAAAUACCCGAAACCUGCCAACUCGUAUUCGUCGUUCAACACCCACUUUGGAAAUCACCCCUUCUGUGAAGUCUUCCCUGAAAGCCUCAGAGUCAGCUGGCUGCCUGUCGGAGUCUGUCCUAUUAUCCUUGAGUCUCCCAUCAUCACACUCCCCUCAUGGCCCUAUAAUUGCCUUUUCACUUGUCUGCCUCCAGCGUCAGAUCGUGAGGCUCCGGAGGGCGGGAGCUUUGUUCCUUUAUUCAUCUUUCUAUCCCCAGAACCUAGCACAGGUCCUGGGACCUAGUAGGUGGUCAGUUAAUGUGUAUUGAAUGAAUGAAUGAAUAAGUGAAUGAAUUCGCUUAGAUCAGAGCAGAAGAGACAUGAAACUGUGUAUCUCGAGUUUUUAUGUUAUUGCAGUCCCCAGAGGCCAUUAAAUUUUCUGUAUUUCCAAGCAAA